GUUACAAUCACUCUGUGUCUCUCUCUCUCUCUCUGUGUGUGUGUGUGUGUGUGUGUAGGGUUGCAGGAUGUCCUUGUGAUGCCCAACUUGUGUGGCAUGAGCUCGGACCUGUUGGAGAUCUCCGGGGCUGAACACCAGGCAGCGCUCACCCUGGAUGAAGACGGCGUGGAGGCAGCUGCCAUCACCGCGUUGUCGGUGGCACGCAACGUGGUCAUGUUUGAGGUCCAACAGCCCUUCCUUUUCUUCCUGUGGGACGAUGAGCUCGGCUUCCCGCUCUUCAUAGGCCGGGUCCUGGACCCCUCCCAGUGAGAGAGAGUCAGAGAGAGACGAACGUCAACCACCA